AGAUAUGGAGCCGGAAGUGGAGAAGAUAAAGAGAGAAAGUGAUGAAGAGAUAUGGGUUCAUGAUUCAUCUGUGGAUUAUAAAGGAAAUGUUCCACUCCGAGCUUCAACCGGUGUAUGGAAAGCCUCUCUAUUUAUCAUAAAGGUUUCUUCUACGCAAUAAAGCUGCAGUGCUGGUAACUUUAUUAGGAUGGGCUCGUCUUUGUAGGCAUAGAACCUUGCCAACAUUGUUGAUGUUUGAAAGCUGUUUUGUUAGUUUUAAAUACGGAGUGCUAAAGGGCAGGCAUACUGCCUAGGAUGAAAAUCCCUGCUUCCCUGUCAUUUCAGGUUUUUUUUACACCAAGGAAACUAUACAAGGAAUAUAUCAAAAAUUGAAGGAAAAAGGAAAACGGUGUACAAUAGAGACAAAAUAUAAGUAAAAUUUAGAAGAUAAAUCAAAUAAUUGAACAGGGAAAACAUUCCCCACUGUGCUGGUCUACAUUGAUCUGUUCUAGUCAAUGGGUUAAUUAGACAUUACCCCUGUAAAACUUGUUCAGCCAUUGAGUUCAGUGAGAGGCUAAGCUACUUUGGAUUAGCCUCAAAUCUCAUCAUGUACCUCACCAAAGUGCUUCACCAAGAUCUUGUAACAGCAGCAAAGAAUGUGAAUUACUGGACUGGAGUCACAACAUUGAUGCCUCUCAUUGGAGCUUAUAUGGCAGACACUUACACAGGCCGCUUCACAAUGGUUCUGCUUUCUUCUCUUAUCUAUCUUAUGGGUUUAAGCCUCUUGACCAUGUCUCAGUUCAUUCCAAGUUUAAAGCCCUGCAAUUUAAGAGUGUGUCAGCGGGUAAGGACUGUCCAUGAAGUGAUAUUUUUCCUUGCAAUGUAUUUUAUAUCAGUUGGAACAGGGGGGCAUAAGCCCUGCUUAGAGAGCUUCGGAGCAGAUCAGUUUGAUGAUAAUCAUCCAGAAGAAAGAAAGAGGAAGAUGUCUUACUUCAAUUUGUGGAACAUUGCUCUUAGUUGUGGGCUCUUCCUUGGUGUAACCGUUAUGGUUUAUGUGCAAGACAAUAUUGGAUGGAACAUUGCAAGCCUUAUUCUCACCAUAACAAUGGCAGUGACAAUAGUCACCUUUUACGUGGGAAAGCCUUAUUAUCGAUAUCGGCUAUUAGAAGGAAGCCCUUUAACGCCUCUGUCACAGGUUUUGGUUGCAGCCAUAAGGAAGAGGAAAUUGCUUUAUCCGUCCAAUCCUUCUCUUUUAUAUGAAGUCCCCAAGUCAAAGGUGUCUCCUGCAAGGCUCCUGGCUCACACAGAUAGGCUAAGGUUCCUAGACAAAGCUGCAAUAAUUGAAGAUGAGGAAGGCAUUGUAAAUGAGAAAAGUCAUAAUCCCUGGAGAUUGGCAACAGUGACAAAAGUUGAGGAGUUGAAGCUUGUUUUAAAUAUUGUUCCCAUAUGGCUAACUUCGUUACCAUUUGGAAUAUGCGUGGCCCAAACUUCAACAUUAUUCAUUAAACAAGCUGCUGCAAUGAACACAGAAAUCAGCGAGCAGAUAAGUAUCCCGCCAGCCACCACUUCCUCUUUUGCGGCCGUUGCAAUGAUAAUUUCCAUUGCCAUCUAUGAGAAAGUACUUGUUCCAUAUAUACGGAGAGUCACGGGCAAUGAGAGAGGGAUUAAAAUCCUUCAAAGGAUUGGUAUUGGCAUGGCACUUGUAGUUUUGGGAAUGAUUGUUGCAGCCAUUGUUGAAAGAAAAAGGUUAAGCAUUGCUAAUGAAGAGAAAAUUCAGGGCGAAAAACAUGGAAUCUCCAUGAGUGUGUUUUGGCUGGCUCCCCAAUAUGGGAUUCUUGGCAUAGGAGAUGGAUUUGCUUUAAUAGGCUUGCAAGAGUAUUUUUAUGACCAGGUUCCUGAUUCAAUGAGAAGUUUGGGUAUAGCUUUUUAUCUAAGUGUGAUUGGACUUGGGAGUUUCUUAAGUAGUUUUCUCAUCACAAUUGUAGAUCAUAUCUCAGGAAAGGGUGACAAAAGCUGGAUUGGCAAGGAUAUAAACAGUAGCCGUGUGGACAAUUUCUACUGGUUGCUGGCUGCAUUGAAUGGGCUGAAUUUGUGUAUUUUUGUUUACUUGGCAAAGAAAUAUACUUACAAAAAGGUUCAAGGCAGGAUAGUUGCAGCUGAUUGCAAUAAGACUGAUCAAGCUGAGUUAAUGCCCUGAUAUAUUUCUUUAUCUAUGAUUAUGAUGGCAAACUCAUGUAAAUUCUGUAAAUGAUAAAGCUAUUGUUCACAUUUAUUUUUUAUGUAAAUCACUUUAUUCAACUAAUAAAUAUCCGUAACUUACCA